AUGCCCGACUCAGACGACGAAGCCCUCUUCGCGGCCCUCGAAAACGAAGAUGACACCCUCUACCGCGACCAGCGCAUCCACCAACUAAACGCCGAGCUCGCAGCCACAAAAAACAACCACUCCGCACGCGCAACAAGCGGCACCACAGGCCUACUCCAAAACGAAGUCUACCCGACACUCUCGUCAGACCAGUCCGUGCUGGACUUCACGACGCGCACAAGCAGAUGUCUGGUGCACUUUGCGCAUCCUGAUUUCGCGCGUUGUGCAGUUAUGGAUAUGAGACUUGGCGAGCUGGCGAGUGUGCACUACGAGGUUUCGUUUGCGCGGGUGGAUGUCCGUAACACGCCGUUUAUUGCGCAUAAACUUGGGAUUAAGGUUCUGCCUUGUGUUAUUGGGUUUAAGGAUGGGGUUGGGCUUGAUCGGGUUGUUGGGUUUGAGGGGCUUGAUGCUAGGGGCUUUGAUGGGGUUGAAGGGUUUGAUGUGAAGGUUUUGGAGAAGAGGUUGGUCUUUAAGGGGAUUCUUUUGGCGGCGAAGAUUGGGGGUGGGGAUGAGGAUGAUGAUGUGAGGGAGGAGGAGGAUAGUGAUGAUGGUGCUGGUGGGAGAGGAUUUGGAAGGAAGAAGGGGAGACGUGGGAUUCGUGAUUCUAAUCCUAAUGUGAGAAACCGUGGUGACGAUGAUGACGAUGAUUGGGAUUAA